AUGGAUCAUCAGAAAAAUAGCGGCGAGUUUCAGAGCAGCCUCUCCAGCACCGGAACAACAGAAGCACCGAUUAUUCCUAUGGAGCCGAAGAAAUCAAAUGAAUCUGCAAAAGAGCUGAGGUUGAAUGUACAUGAAUUGAAAUCUGCCGUCAAAGCCACCACCGUAGACUUUGGCGACUCCGUUCAUGGGGGUACCGUGAGCAGCACCAGCCAAUCGUCUCCUCCUCCUACGGGGACCAACAUCUCCUCCACUCCGACGUCAAACAACAACCCACCGCCUCCUCCUCCUAAGGGGACCAACAUCUCCCCCACUCCGACGUCAAACAACAACCCACCGCCUCCUCCUCCUACGGGGACCACCGCCUCCUCCUCCCCCACUCCGACGUCAAACAACAACCCACCGCCUCCUCCUCCUACGGGGACCACCGCCUCCUCCUCCCCCACUCCGACGUCAAACAACAACCCACCGCCUCCUCCUCCUACGGGGACCACCGCCUCCUCCUCCCCCACUCCGACGUCAAACAACAACCCACCGCCUCCUCCUCCUACGGGGACCACCGCCUCCUCCUCCCCCACUCCGACGUCAAACAACAACCCACCGCCUCCUCCUCCUACGGGGACCAACGUCGGAAACUUACCACAGCCAGCUAAUGGGACAUCGGUUACUCCCCCCCGGACCCAUACCCGUGGACAAAUUGGUGGAUAUGGCAACGGGGCACAUACUGCAACAAUAGCAAUAACUGCUAUUGCUUAUGUAAUGUAUCAAAACUCUUUUUCAGGUCAUUCAAGUUUAAGCCCAAGCCCUGUGGCUUUUGCUCCGGCGCCGGCGCCGGCCACUGAGGUGGAAUACUUCACUCUUGUUAGGGUGUUCGUUGGGAUCUACAUAUUCACUUUUCUCUCAUAUUUUAUGAUUCGUCCCACGAGUUAUUAUUUUCGUUUAGGAGUGGAUGAGAUCUCAGUUUUGGCUGGUUACACAUUCGUUGUGUUAUUUUCGCGUGACUUUGAUAUUCCAUACAGCGACAUGUUGGCUGUCGUUCUGGGGGUUGUUUCAGUCAUUAGAUGGGUUCAAUUAGGGUAUCGAUUCUACUGGGAAUUGCUCGCGGCGCCGGCUGCGACUGCUGGGACACCUCCGGCUACGGCACCGCAGAUUGUGAUAUCGAAUCCUUAA